AUGGUGGCCAAGCAAGUUUUGAUCCACUUGAUAACGAUUCCGAAGGUUUUGGCGCACAGUGGGUGGAUUUCCAUCCAGGUCAAAGUGAGUGCUGCGCCCAACUACGAUUAG